ACUGUCGUAAAAGGGGGCGGGACGCGCCGCGCUCUGGACUGACGUAGCGGAGGGGAGCGUCGCUCCGGUGCGCGGUGGCGGGGUGUGGGGUUAUGGAUCGCUAUGCAGGCGUCUUGGAGGAGGCAGCGGAUGGGACUCGGCAGCAGGAGAGGCAUUAUCAGCUGUUGUCGGCGCUGCAGAGCCUGGUCAAGGAGCUGCCCAGCUCUUUCCAACAACGCCUGUCCUACACCACGCUCAGCGACCUGGCCCUGGCGCUCCUUGACGGCACUGUGUUCGAGAUAGUGCAGGGACUGCUGGAGAUCCAGCACCUCACCGAGAAGAGCCUGUACAACCAACGACUGCGGCUGCAGAACGAGCACCGAGUGCUCAGGCAGGCACUACGGCAGAAGCACCAGGAAGCCCAGCAGGCCUGCCAGCCCCACAACUUGCCUGUGCUCCAGGCAGCUCAGCAGCGUGAGCAGGAGGCGAUGGAGCACCGGAUCCGUGAGGAGCAGCGGGCCAUGGACCAGAAGAUCAUCCUGGAGCUGGACCGGAAGGUGGCAGACCAGCAGAGCACGCUGGAGAAAGCAGGGGUUGCUGGCUUUUAUGUGACCACCAACCCACAGGAGCUGACACUACAGAUGAACCUGUUGGAACUCAUCCGGAAGCUGCAACAAAGGGGCUGCCAGGCGGGGAAGGCAGCCCUGUGACCAGGUGGGGUCCCUGCCAGUAACACACGGCCCAUCCUGGCUGGGAAGACAGCCCUGUCCCACACUCGCCACAAGUAACAGAAAGUCAGGGAACUUGUUUUCCUGAUAUCUGGCCACCACUGUACCAGGUGCCUGCAGGAAAGGUCACCCCUCUGAGGAGAGACAGGGUGGCGCUGGCUGUGUCUGCCACCCACCUUUGGGUUUUUAUGUCUAAAGCUAGAGUGAUGUGGUAAAGGGGGAGCGGGCCCAGCCUGCUGGUCUCGGCCCCAGAGCUGGGCAGGGGGUAGGGCUAGAGGUCCUGUACAUUCUCACUCCACCAAGCACAUCCCGACUGUGCCAGGUUCCUGGCCUCGUGCUUAUUCUGGUCUCGGCCCCUCUCUUGGUAGGUGCAGCCCCCAAGUAGGAGAGGCUCCAUAGCCCAAACCCUGUGUGAUCGAGAGAAAUAAAGGUGCCUCAGUAUGGCCUGCAA